UACUGUGUCCGCUGAUGAUGGCGCUUUUAUUUUGUAGGUUGCGUAGCGGAAGUGUUGCCGCGUCACGCAGCAGCCUCCACGUCUCCCUGUAGCAGCACGGCGGCAAAAGGAAAAUAAGAGGCCUUUAACUCCGUUGUGCAGUUUGGGCUUUUGUUAGGCCGUAGCCAUGACGACGGACUCCUCGCUCCUCAACUCCGAGCUGGAGCUUCAGCAGGAAGAGGAGCUUUACCAGCAGCUGCUGCUGCAGACAAUGGGAAAGAUGCAGACUGACAAUCCAGACUCCAAAGUAAUCCGACCACAGCCGGGCAUGUGUGUGAAGACUCUUUCGGAGCCAAGCAAGCAGAAGGUCUUCAUCAACAUUUGUCAGUCGAACGCAGUACCGCUGCCUCCGGAAAUCUCCAGAGAGGAGCUGGUGCAGCUGCUCCAAUCGGAAGAUCCCAGCGGCUACAGGGUACCCAUGAGCAUCGGCGAGCCCCACACAGAAAUAGACAACAACUCACAGGGUUGCACAGCGUAUGAUGUGGUCGUCAACCAGGAGUUCUUCCACAAGUGCCAGGAUGAUCCCCUGUUCCAGCAGUUCAUCAUUUUGGUCUCUUUAGAGGGUUUGGAGAACAAACAUGAUCUGGAGCUAAGUAGAGACUGGAAAGUGUUGAAGAACCGAAAGUUCUUGGGUUCUGUCAGUGAGCAAAACAUUCGGACAAAGAGCAGGCCGGUGAUUCAAGAGCUGCAGCCUCAAGAGAAUUCCCCAUCGACGCCCAAAAGACCAGAGUUCACGUUGCUGGUGGAGCCCCCUGCUGGUGAUCCAGAGUGCCUCAUUGCAGAAAUAAAGCUGCCUGGAGUGUCGUCGUCUCGCUCUCUGCUUCUGGACCUCGGAGAGGACCGACUGGUGUUGACAGCUCGGCCCUCGCUCUUCCAUCUGGACGUCUUCCUCCCCUUCCUGGUGGACCAGGAGAACAGCGUGGCACAGUACAACGGCAGCACUCAGAUCCUCACAGUCACGGUGCCGGUGGUGUCCUCAUGAAAUGAAGGAUGUAAUGCCUUGUUAUCUUUUGUUGAAAAUAAUGACGCUGUCAUAAUAAAAGCAUAUUUUUUAAAAUAA